GGACCUCCAGGAUGCCAGGGGUGUGGAAGUUGCUACGUAUGCUGAUCUACAUGGUGGUUGGCCUGAGGAGCGUCAGUAGCAACAGCGACAUUUGGCCGCUGGAGAGACCGGAGGGUAUGCCGGCCAUCCAGUCCUUGGAAGUGAUGUGCGGUAAAGACCACAUGGACGUCCACCUUUCGUUCUCGCAGCCCUUCGAAGGCAUCGUCUCGUCCAAGGGCCAGCACGCGGAUCCACGAUGCGUCUACGUGCCACCGUCCACCGGCCAGACGUUCUUCUCCUUCCGGAUAGCCUACGCCAUAUGCGGGACGAAGCCGGACAUGCACGGGCAGUUUUACGAGAACACGGUGGUCGUGCAGUACGACAAGGACCUCCUCGAGGUUUGGGACGAGGCUAAGCGAUUGCGAUGCGAAUGGUUCAACGAUUACGAGAAGACCGCGUCGAAGCCGCCGAUGGUUAUCGCGGAUCUCGACGUGAUACAGCUGGACUUCAGAGGCGACAACGUGGACUGCUGGAUGGAGAUCCAACACGGCAAGGGCCCGUGGGCGCCGCCGGUGUCCGGGAUCGUGCCGCUCGGCUCCACUCUCACUCUGGUCGUCGCCAUAAACGAUUACCGAGGUGAGUUCGACAUGCGGGUCAAGUCGUGCGUGGCAUCGGACGGCGGUGGUCACACGAUACAGCUGAGCGACGAAUUCGGCUGCGUGCUGAGACCGAAGAUGAUCAGCCGGUUCCUGAAGGCGCGCGGCUCGGACGACCGCGCGACCGUCAUCACCUACGCCUUCUUCCACGCCUUCAAAUUUCCAGACGCUCUGAGCGUUCACAUCAAGUGCAAGGUGGAGAUAUGCCGACACGGUUGUCUGGAUCACUGUCAACUGGGCGGUUCCGUGGCUCACUACAUUCAAGAGAGAAAAGAUCAAGUGCCGACGCAGUACAUCCAACAAAAUGUCCCUCCGGUUCCCGUCGUUCCCCACGAUGAUAACAGCAGCGCGGACAAAGAGCACGAGGACGCGGCGAACAGCGCGGAGCAGAGCGAUGGUUCGCUGUACGACGAUGUGAUCCAAAACGGCGACGAAAUGACGUCGAUCGGAGGCCACUUCUUGGACGUGGAGAAGUCGAUCCCAAAGGCGCAGGCGCAGACAAGCGAUCGGCUCCCACCGGUCGAGCAGCCUGAGAACGGCGAGCUUCAAUCCGACAAUAACGCCGACAUAUCAAAGCCGUUUAUGGAACCGUCGCGGAUCACCAGAUACGAAAGCGAGCAGGACCAAUUCCCGCACGGGCCGCGCAACCUGGAAGAGGAUAACGGCGGGCUGCCGCUAUCAGCGACCGCCCGGAGAAGGCGCUCCAUGGUGGUGUCGGACAGGAAAGUGCGCAGCGCCGACGUCGGCGUGAGCGGCAUCUACGAGGUGAUCUCCGAGGCGGACCUGGCGUUCAGCCCGGACACGCACACCGAGGCGGUGACUGUAUUCCAAGGUAGGAUACGCGAGGAGGUCGUCUACGGGAUCUGCCUGCCGAUGCCGGGCUUCAGCGCUCUCUUCAUCGUGGUCGCGCUCUCGGCGGUCGUGUCCGCCCUCGUGGCCGGCGCGAUGCUGCACCGGCUGCAGGCGCAACGGGAGGCCACCGGUGGCAACAGGAAGAACAACAACGGCGUGCACGCGGACAACGGUUGGCUCCCCUACGGCCUGCUUCGCGUCCGCUGCACCACGCGGCCCGCCCAUCCCGACGAGCUGCAGCAGGAACAGCCGACGAACGUAUCGCAGGUCGCCGCCGAUCCGUCGGUCGAGCGGGGCUGA